GGCAUUGGGGCCGGGCAGGGCUUUAGACACACUGUUUGCAAGCAAGCAACGUUGCAACGCGAUCUGUUGCAAACCCCCCUCCUCAAAAGCAGUGCAAAGUUUCUGGGGAGGAAUCGGCGAGGCAUCGCCGCCCCCUGUCCGUAGUGAGACAGCACUGACGCCGGCCAAGCGGCCAACGUGACGGGUCGGUUGACAUUAAAUGCCAUUGCUUUUCCGAUCCGGAAGAAUAACUGAGAGGUGUGUCACCCUGGAUUGCGGAACUGUUUAUUUACGGUUUUCGUGUUCACUUGGCAGGUAAUGGCAUCGACAGAGCAGAAGAGCUUUCACAUCUGCACACCACUGCAUAAAAGUCUGGCUCUCUCCAAGGUGGCCGGGACCACAAUCUACCUUAAACUUGAUAAUGUGCAACCAACUGGCUCCUUUAAGAUAAGAGGAGUGGGACAUUUGUGUCAGAAGGCAGCGGAGAAAAACUGCAAGCAUUUUGUAUGUUCUUCAGGAGGAAACGCUGGUUUAGCCGCUGCCUAUGCUGCUCAGAAGCUCCAGAUUCCGGCCACUAUACUGGUGCCCAGUAGCACACCGCUAUUUACCAUUGAGAGGUUGGAAGAAUAUGGAGCUCUUGUGGAAGUGGUUGGCAAGGUUUGGGAUGAUGCUAACAAGCAAGCAUUAAAACUAUCUGAAAAUGAUGGCUGGGUGUACAUACCUCCAUUUGAUCAUCCCUUGAUCUGGGAAGGGCACGCCAGUAUUGUGGUGGAACUUUGGGACGCACUGCCGUGUAAGCCUGGGGCUAUCGUUCUCUCGGUUGGUGGUGGAGGCCUCCUUUGUGGAGUGGUAGAAGGCCUGAAGAAAGUGGGUUGGCGUGACGUGCCGAUAAUCGCCAUGGAGACCAAAGGUGCGGACAGUCUGAGUGAGGCUGUGAAGGCCGGGAGGUUGGUUACACUUCCUGAUAUCACAAGUGUGGCCAAAAGCCUUGGAGCGAAGACCGUGUGUGAGAAAGCACUUCAGAACACACAAGAACACAAUGUUUACUCUGAAGUAAUCAGUGACUAUAAAGCUGUGCAUGCAGUAGAGCGAUUUUUAGAUGAUGAAAGGAUACUGGUUGAGCCAGCCUGCGGGGCAUCAAUAGCUGCCGUCUACAGCGGCAUUCUGCGGCGGCUGCAGCAGGAGGGAGAGCUGCCCAAGGACAUGCAACCGGUGGUGGUCAUCGUCUGUGGCGGAAGCAGCAUCACAAUGGCGCAGCUCAACGAAUACAGAAUGCAACUGCAGAGAGAUGCAUGAAGCAGUUUUUCUCAACGUGACGCCUUCCUUGAAAAUCAUUCCUGCCUGGCAGACUUUAAUCAGGUGAAAUCAUUUGCCUGGGAUAGUCCAAAGGCCUAGUGAAUUGAAUGGAUGAGAAAGGUCCCUUUCAUCAUUUAUUUGCUUUACUCCUCUGUGCUACAAUGUGGGUUGCAGGUCUGUUCUGCCUUGCCACAAAGCUCAAAUCCACGGCAAGCAAAAGUGUAUUUAGUAGUUUCACCUGAUGCUCUCAUUUCUUUCCCACCAUUCUCCACUGUUCCGCUCUCUUUCUUGUUGACUUUCGACUUUCGAGAUACCAGCAUGGAAACAGGCCCUUCGGCCCACCGAGUCUGCACCGCCCAGCAAUCACCCUGUAUACUAGCACGACCCACAUUAGGGACAAUUUUACAAUUUACUAAAGCCAAUUA